UGCAAAUUGUGAUCUGUUCACAAAGAUAAAUAUAACAUGACCUUCGUAUUGGGUCAGGCCUAUUUGAAAAAUAUGGGCAAAUCUGUUACAAUUAGCAUUUUUGUUUCAAUAGUAUUUGAAGAUAGCUCCUUCUACCCGGCAACAUGUUUGUCAAAACGGGCCUACUCAGUAUACUUGUAAUAUUAUUUGCUGCUAUAUUUCCUGAAACAUUUGGGACGAAAAAUAUUGUUUACAAGAAUUUCCAUGGAAAAUAUACCAUAGCAGAUGCGAAAGCGAAUGCCGAUGCUGAAACUAUUUAUUUGGAAAAUUGUACAUACAUUUCUUAUCCUCAAGCUUUAUUCUCAUACAUGCCAAAAGUAAGGAAAGUGGUCGUUAAGAAUUUAAGAUUAUUACAACCUAUGGAUCCGAAUAAGUAUUCAAGUGGCCGCAAUCUUGAAGAAAUCUUUUUCUCAAACAAUGAUAUCAAUGACUAUCCAUUACGCUACUUCCGUAAUACAACCUUCAAAAAAAUUACUAUCCAUGGCCAACCACAGAUUAAGGUGAUCACGACAGAUUUUGCUAACGAAACUCAACGUCUUAAGUACUUCGAAUGCAGCGAAUGUAAAAUAGAUACCAUAGAAGAAGGUGCUUUUAAUAACCUGAACAAACUUGAGGUUUUGGAUCUCCAUAAGAAUUCAAUUACAGGAUUGACAGAUGAAACAUUCAGUCCACUCAAAAGUUUGAAGAGAUUGAAUUUGGCCGAAAACAAAAUAUCCAAAUUCUCUACGAAUGAAAUAAAGCAAUGCACAAAAUUAGAGAGUGUUGAUCUGAGUGACAACCCUUUGAAGGAGUUAAAUUUGCUGGACGCUCAUGAAAUCUUACCUAAUCUUAAAACAGUGAGCCUCAUAAGAACACAAAUUCCUGAGGCUAUGAUCGAAGAACAUAGGCAAAAAACAAAAAUUCGUUUCUUAACCAUUGAAGAUAAUAAAAUCAAAGCAUAACUUGAACAUUCAUUAUUAGUUUCUAGUGUAUCAAAAAAAUAUUGAAUAAAACUACAAAACAAA